AAUCAAUACCAGCAGAAAGAAAACAGCUGAGCUGAAGCAAGUAUUUUAGUGUUCUGUACUACUCCAAGAAGAACUGUGAUAGUACACUGAAACGCAAGAAACUUGAUUAGAAAAGCUGAAACCGCAAUAAAGUAGUUUUCCAGUUCUUUCUAAGGAAACAAUGGCAAGCAGUAUGAGUGAAACCAGCCACGUUCUUGAUAUGGAACAUUACCAUGUUACAGAGGAUCAUGGAUUUAUUCUGCCGGAGCCUCUGACAAACCUAUCUGAAUAUUACCAGCCCUGGAUGGAGAUUGCUGAUAAGAUGCCAUUCUUGAUCAAGACACAUUCACUACGGGAGGAAGUGAAUAAAAUGCCACUCUUAGACACAAAAUACCUGAAUGGGUAUAAAGAGCAGAGGCUGGCACAUUUGGCAUUAAGCUUUAUUACAAUGGGCUAUGUAUGGCAGGAAGGGGAACAGGGAUCCAUCAAGGCUUUGCCUCAAAAUCUUGCCAUCCCUUUCUGGAAUGUGUCUCAGUGUCUUGGACUUCCAGCCAUCUUGGUACACGGAGACAGUGCUUUGGCAAACUGGAAAAAGAAGGACCCUAAUGGUCCCUUUGAACUUGAGAAUCUGGAUGUGAUUUUCUCAUUUCCGGGAGAAGACAGUGCAAAAGGCUUCUUUCUUGUGACUCUGCUGGUCGAAAUGGCCGCAGUCCCGGGGAUUAAGGCAGCGGUGACAUCCAUAAAUGCAAUGAUUCAGAAAGAUGACACAAAGCUGCACCAGGCGCUUCAGGAUAUUGCAGACUCCAUUGAGUGCAUGGUCACGGCUCUUAAAAUGAUGCAAGGAAAUGUUGAUCCACAAGUGUUUUAUGGAGUUAUUCGGAUCUUUCUGUCAGGCUGGAGGGACAAUCCUUCCAUGCCAGAUGGCUUGGUGUACGAAGGAGUUCAUGAAGUCCCAAAACAAUUCUCUGGAGGAAGUGCAGCCCAGAGUUCAGUGCUUCAUUGCUUUGAUGCCCUUCUGGGAGUCUCUCACAGUGGAGAAAGUGGGAAUUUUUUGAAUAGGAUGCAGGAUUACAUGCCACCAUCUCACAGACAGCUAAUACAGGAUAUUGCCUCCAGCCCAUCUUUACAACAAUAUAUUGUGGACAGCAGGAAACCAAAACUUCAAGAGGCCUUCAACAACUGUGUUUCUCAACUUGUAAAGCUAAGGAACCAGCAUAUUAUAAUUGUGACCAAUUUCAUACUUGUACCAGCAGCUAAAGCUCGUGACAUAAGGAAGAAGGCCACCAGUAAUGAUAAUAUCUUGUUGAAGGCCCCUUCUGCUUUAGAGGAAAGGGGAACAGGAGGUUCAGGAAUAAUGAGCUUUUUAAAAAGUGUCAGAGAUACAACAAAGGUGGUGUGUGUACCGUCUGCUCACUAGAGCCAAGAAAGAGUCCAGGGGCAUUGGACAUUCGAUUCUAGAAAUUCAGGUACAGGAGAAAAGACUUUUUUCUACUGAAUAAUUUUGAAUGUCAAUAAGCAACUUUGGCUGUAACAUAACAUGGCUUAUUUCUUCUCCUUCAUUUAAAUGAUGUAAUGAAACAGUCCACGAAAUUAAUUUCAUUCAUACAGCACACUCCUCUUCUGUAGCUGCCAAUUCAAGAUAUUUCAAAUGAGCUUCAGCACAAGAGAAUGUGAUUACAAAUUAUUUAAUUAAGCUGUUGAGUUCUUUUGAAAAAGGACACGUCCAAAUGGACUUGAAAUAUACAUUUUUCUCAACAGAGAAAUUAGGUUUGUUUUUGGAUAUUCAGAAAGAAUGGUCAAAACAAGGGCAUAGGUUAAAGAAUGGGAUUCAGUUGGACUUAGUAAUCAAAUUAAACUCAAACUUCAUAACUGAACUAAGCCCCAAUUAUUCUUUGAUUCGGAUUUACUCUAGUAUAAGACUUUUGUCAGGUCAUUCUCUUGAUUUUAUCCCAAGCGUGACAACAUUUAUUAUAGGAGUAGAAUGAAGAUGUCAUGCUUCAUCAUCAUCAUCAUCAUCGGUACACCUGACUAGUAACAGGCACCUUUACCAAAAAGAACAUGGCAGAAUGUAUUAAAAAAAAUGUUGAAAAUGGUGGCAAACAAAAUGGUGGCACAAUGAUGCCACAAAUAUAAUGAUAAAAAGUUAAUAACGACACAAAUAAUUAUCUGGCAUAUGGCAUAAUAUUAAAAAAAAAUACUCCACCCAAAAAUUAUUUUUUAAAAAUGUUUUUAAUGCUCUGUGGUUUAUAGCGAUGGCCAAGAAAAAACUGGAAUCUUGUGUUUUCAAGCGUAAUGGAGCUAAUAAAGUUAUUUCUUUAAUGGAAGUGGAUGGUGUCCAGCACUAAACAUGAGCAAACAAUAUUAAAAUGUCUAUGAAAAAAAUCUACAUGUUACAGGUAAGCAGGAAAGGUGCAUUAUCAUAAUUCUGUGCUUUUGAAUUGAAGACGGGAGUCUUGAACAAUGAACGAGGGGGAGAGGCAGGUCUUCAAUGCAAAAGUAUACAAUUAUGGGAAUGCACUUUUCUGGUUUACCUUCUACAUUGAUUUUUAGGCAGUAUUAAUAAUUUAUUAAAAUGUUUUGCAUCUUUUGAGCAUUUUACUGGGUAACAAAUAUAUGAAUAAUGCAACACAAGUAACACGAUUUUUUUUCUCUUUUUCCAUGGACAUUUUUCACAUCAUUUACAGUUGAACAAACAGGUCACCAUUACAGUCCAUUUUAUCAUAAACUGUUUUCCCUCAUUCUGCAUGAAAACAUGAGAUUCAUUUUUUUCCUCAGCCAUCACUACAAUUGGGGUAACAUACACAAACAUAUCAUUUUUGGAUGGAGUACUUCUUUACAGAAAAAUAAAUACCAUUCUGUGAAAUUUCAAACAUAACAAUAUGUUACAGUAUUCUUAUUUUUAUCUUCAACAAAAUGAGAAUUUCUCAUUCCAGGCAAAGCAUAUGUCCGAGAUACAGGCAAGUGCCGACUACCACAUUACUAUGCACAUGCAAAGACCAAAAGCUUUCCUCUAAUUGAGAACAGACCUGCUUAUGCAUAGUAAAAGUACAACACGAUUUCAAUUCAUGCUGUUAUGUCAGUUUUCAUAUUAUAAAUAUAAAAGAAAGAAAUGAACAUAAUCAAACAACAUUAUACAAGUGGCCGACACCACAGCAUUGGUGUUCAUUCAUGUGAGAAAAAAGUUAUUUGUUUUUGCCAAGCUGAAAACAGAUGCCUGUCAUUGCUUUGAUAGUGAAGUAAGUGUUUCAUUUUCUUUACUUAUGAAAGAGAGCAGCUUUGAAUCAAAUUGCUGGCAACAGGAAUUCCAAGGUUAGAACACAAUUUUAUAUUUGAGAUUGACAAGCCUAUGGACCAGGCAAGAUAUUUUAUUCAUUCAUGUUUCUUAUUUUGAAUACAAUAUGAGAUUUAUUAUACCAGACUGUACAAUAGUUAGUGUGUCCAGUAAUCCCAACCUAUGCUCUUGUUUCUGUAAACCUGUUUAUUGAUGGGGUUAGUUUUCUCCUUUCUCUGGCAUUGAAUAAAAACUAAUCAAAAAUGUUUCCUGAUACUUUUUGUUUCUUUGUCCUUCAGAAACCAGCAAAUACCACUUGUCUGAAAAGCUAUUUAAAUGCUGUUUAUAAAUCUGAGCUUGCAAAAUAUAGUUGUUGUGGGGUAACACUACAUUAAUAGCUAUUGUGGUAUUAUAUUUAUUAAUUUUGUGGUACUGCCAUAUGAAAAAAGGCAUUUAUUAUGAUACCAGGCCCUGCCAUUUACAGACACUGGAACAAAAAAACAAAACAUAUUUCUAUAGUGACCCAAAUAAGUCAUUUUCACAAGAAGUACUGUCUCCAUAAUCAAAGUAUUGAAUUACAAAAAAGUAGCCAAAUCAGAUGCAGUGUGCUGUGCUAUUAAUGUAAUGAAAUUAAAAAAAUAAACUUGUGGACUCAUCCUUGAGAAAUUUUCAUUUAGAGCUAAGCCUACUCUCAUGUAAU